AUGACACAUUUUUCAAGGCACCGACCAGGCCGCCUCCGCCUUCCCCUCGAUCCAGCGUGGAAGUCGGAAGACGAGUACGUCCAGUCGGUUCUCACCUUCGCAACAACCUCAGAUCUAUUCCGCAAUCUCUGUGGCGGAGUACAUAUUCUGGACUUCCUCACGCGAGAACCUGAUCUCUACACCACCGUCCUGCCACCAGAAUGGCGCGACUGGUUCGAGCAGGUCGACAUUGAUCGAGUCCUCGACCUACUCAUGCGCGAUGAUCUAGCCAGGUACGUGGAUGCGGACCAAGAGUCCCAAAACUCAGACACCACGACGCCACGUCCUCCAGCAAGUCUGGUCGACUAUAUCUCCACAAUCAGAAAACAUAGCCUCAAACGGACAUUCACACCACCCUCAGACGACAUCUCAGAACUACCGCCCCAUGUCGCCGUGGGGAUGAAGACCAAGAAAGUGCACGAAGUGACUAACAUUGCUGCGUACGUGGGCCAGCUGUGCGAUGAGUUCUCGUCACAACAUCCGGACCAGGAACCUCUGACUGUGGUUGAUUUCGGCUCCGGCCAGAAUUAUCUGGGCCGAACGCUAGCUUCACCGCCGUACAAUAAGCAGGUCGUUGCGAUUGAGAAGAGGCACCACAAUAUCACGGGCGCGAAGAGCAUGGACGUGCAUGCGAAACUGGCCAAGAAGGAGAAAGUCAUGCGGAAUAAAAAGGAGUGGAAACGCCAGCUUGGGCUUAGCAACGGGAGUCAGAAUGUGGCUGGGAAGCCGCCGCCGCCGACGACCCUAUCGGUUGAGAACACGCCCUCGAAGUCUCCCUCGGAGGAUGUGUCGACUACUACAAGGCUAGACUCUCACACGACAGAGCCGAACAUUGUAGGCAUUGAACUCGGAGAAGGCAAAGGCAGCAUGACGUACGUCGAGCAUGACAUUCAAGACGGAUACCUGGAGCAUGUCAUCUAUCCCGCAACUCCCAAGCGGCGAGCACCACAAGACCAAGACCAAGCACAAGGACAGGCCGAGUGUUGUCCGGCAGACAACGACCAAGAAUCCUCAGACCGCAGGACGCUACCCAUCCCACCGCCUCCCGCAGCACACCCGCCCUCGAUAGUCAUCUCGCUACACUCAUGCGGCAACCUCACGCACCACGCGCUACGCUCCCUCGUGCUCACACCCUCCAUCCGCGCCUGCGCUGUCAUCGGCUGCUGCUACAACCUGCUGACAGAACGCCUCGGUCCCGUAACGUACAAACUGCCCCAACUGCGCCCAAACCACCCGCGCUUGGCCGCCACGGGCGGAGCAUACGACCCGCACGGCUUCCCCAUGUCCAAGACGCUCGAGGAUUUCGUGCCGCCCUCACAGGCAGGCCCCGAUCGCGAUACAGAUCCCCAGGCUGUCACUGGCGUCCGCCUCAACAUCACAGCCCGCAUGAUGGCCGUCCAAGCGCCCUUCAACUGGGGCCCGCUCGACAGCGAACUGUUCUUCCGCCGGCACUUCUACCGCACGCUCCUGCAGAAGAUCUUGUUAGAUCUGGGCGUCGUCAAACAGUGCCCGGACCCGGCUCAGGUCCCCGCGGGAGGGAGCAUCACCGGCCGCGACGACCAGGGGACGCCGCUGAUCGUGGGGUCCCUUCCGAAGGCCUGCUUCGUGACGUUCCGCGCGUACGUGCGCGGCGCGUUGGCGAAAUUGCGCGCCGACCCCACUGACGGGGAUAUGGUCACGCGGCUGACGCAGGGUCUGAGUGAUGAGAUGGUCGACGCGUACGAGGCCCGCUUUGCGUACGCGAGGAAGAAUCUCGCGGUGAUUUGGAGUCUCAUGGCGUUUAGCGCGGGGGUGGUGGAGAGUAUCAUUGUCACGGACCGGUGGUUGUUUCUUAGGGAGCAGGAGGGUGUGAGGGAUGCGUGGGUCGAUGUCGUGUUUGAUUAUACUUUGAGUCCGCGCAAUUUUGUCGUGGUGGGAGUUAAGUAG